GAGAAGCUCUGUAGGUUUGUCAGGGCGGAGAAGAUGGUUCUCAAGACAGAGCUCUGCCGUUUCAGCGGUAUAAAGAUAUACCCGGGAAGGGGCAUCAGAUUUGUCCGUUCAGACUCUCAAGUCUUCCUUUUCUUCAACUCCAAGUGCAAGCGCUACUUCCACAACCGUCUCAAGCCUGCUAAUCUUUCUUGGACUACCAUGUUCAGGAAGCAGCACACGAAGGUGCAUGCACUUAUACCUGUUCUCUUUAAUGAUAUCUAUUUGCUAGUUCAGCUUAUUUCUCUCACAAUCUUGAUACUUUGUCCUGCUAGCGUGCUCUACCUACUUUUUGUGAGUGUAUGUGACGCUGUCAACUGGUAGUUAUUCAUCCUGCUUUAUUAUUUUUCCUGAUAAAUUGCAUCACUUGCAUGUAUGGAAAAUUAUUUGUUAUUACUCUUUUUCUAUUUGUGAUGAACCAGAUCCUGGACAAGGGAUGUUA